ACUGCUCCAACCACCGCCGCCACCGCCACAGUCGCAGCCACCGCCACAGUCGCAGCCGCCGCAGCCUCGGCCGCCGGGCAAGUAGCUCCGAGCGGCUGCUUCCCGGUUGCCUCGACGAAGACAGGGGGCGCCGCGCUCCGCUUGCUCCGCGCCCGAGCCAUGCCCAGCAGCCCUGUGUAACCACCGAGUCCCGGCCGGAGCCGACUGACCCAGUGUGCACCGUCUUUCGGCCGAGCUGAGCUUUCGUGCACGCAACUCCUUCUGCCCCAGCCGGCCCCGCGCCACCAUGCCCCGGGCGACUGCACUUGGGGUCCUGGUGUCACUGCUGCUGCUGCCGCCGCUGCCUCGCGGCGCCGGGGGACUCGGGGAGCGCCCGGACGCCACCACAGACUACUCAGAGCUGGACGGCGAGGAGGGCACGGAGCAGCAGCUGGAGCAUUACCACGACCCUUGCAAAGCCGCUGUCUUUUGGGGAGACAUUGCCUUAGAUGAAGAUGACUUGAAGCUAUUUCACAUUGACAAAGCCAGAGACUGGACCAAGCAGACAGUGGGGGCAACAGGACACAGCACAGGUGGGCUUGAAGAGCAGGCAUCUGAGAGCAGCCCAGACACCACAGCCAUGGACACUGGCACCAAGGAAGCUGGAAAGGAUGGUCAGGAGAAUACCACACUUCUGCACAGCCCUGGGACCUUGCAUGCGGCAGCCGAGACCUCUCCCCGGGUCCGAAGAGCCACAACCUCAAGGACAGAGAGGAUAUGGCCUGGAGGAGUCAUCCCCUACGUCAUUGGAGGGAACUUCACUGGGAGCCAGAGGGCCAUUUUUAAGCAGGCCAUGAGACACUGGGAGAAGCACACCUGUGUGACCUUCAUAGAAAGGACGGACGAGGAAAGCUUUAUUGUAUUCAGUUACAGAACCUGUGGCUGUUGCUCCUAUGUUGGGCGCCGAGGAGGAGGCCCACAGGCCAUAUCCAUUGGGAAGAACUGUGACAAGUUUGGCAUUGUGGCUCACGAGCUGGGCCAUGUGGUUGGGUUUUGGCAUGAACACACCCGGCCAGACAGAGACCAACAUGUCACCAUCAUCAGGGAAAACAUCCAGCCAGGUCAGGAGUAUAAUUUCUUAAAAAUGGAAGCUGGGGAAGUGAGCUCUCUGGGAGAGACAUACGACUUUGACAGCAUCAUGCACUACGCCCGGAACACCUUCUCAAGAGGAGUUUUCUUAGACACCAUCCUUCCCCGUCGAGAUGACAAUGGCGUCAGGCCAACCAUUGGUCAGCGUGUGCGGCUCAGUCAGGGAGACAUAGCUCAAGCCCGGAAGCUGUACAAAUGCCCAGCGUGUGGGGAGACCCUGCAGGACACAACGGGAAACUUUUCUGCACCUGGUUUCCCAAAUGGGUACCCAUCUUACUCCCACUGCGUCUGGAGGAUCUCGGUCACCCCAGGGGAAAAGAUCGUAUUAAACUUCACAUCCAUGGAUUUGUUUAAAAGCCGGCUGUGCUGGUAUGAUUACGUGGAGGUCCGGGAUGGUUACUGGAGAAAAGCCCCCCUUUUGGGCAGGUUUUGCGGCGAUAAGAUCCCGGAGCCCCUGGUCUCCACGGACAGCCGGCUCUGGGUGGAGUUCCGCAGCAGCAGCAACAUCUUGGGCAAGGGCUUCUUUGCAGUGUACGAAGCUACCUGCGGGGGAGAAAUUAACAAAGAUGCCGGUCAGAUUCAAUCUCCCAACUAUCCGGAUGACUACAGACCUUCCAAGGAAUGUGUCUGGAGGAUUACGGUUUCGGAGGGGUUUCACGUGGGACUUACCUUCCAAGCAUUUGAGAUUGAAAGGCACGACAGCUGUGCAUAUGACUACCUGGAAGUCCGGGAUGGCCCCACGGAAGAGAGUGCCCUGAUCGGCCACUUUUGUGGCUAUGAGAAGCCGGAGGAUGUGAAAUCCAGCUCCAACAGACUGUGGAUGAAGUUUGUGUCCGAUGGCUCUAUCAAUAAAGCGGGCUUUGCGGCCAAUUUUUUCAAGGAGGUGGAUGAAUGUUCCUGGCCAGAUCAUGGCGGGUGCGAGCAUCGCUGCAUGAACACGCUGGGCAGCUACAAGUGUGCCUGUGACCCUGGCUACGAGCUGGCCGCCGAUAAGAAGAUGUGUGAAGUGGCCUGUGGCGGUUUCAUUACCAAGCUGAAUGGAACCAUCACCAGCCCUGGGUGGCCGAAGGAGUAUCCCACAAACAAAAACUGUGUCUGGCAGGUGGUGGCCCCCGCUCAGUAUCGGAUCUCCCUUCAGUUUGAAGUGUUUGAACUGGAAGGCAAUGACGUCUGUAAAUACGACUUUGUAGAGGUGCGCAGCGGCCUGUCCCCCGACGCCAAGCUGCACGGCAAGUUCUGCGGUUCUGAGACGCCCGAGGUCAUCACCUCGCAGAGCAACAACAUGCACGUGGAGUUCAAGUCCGACAACACCGUCUCCAAGCGCGGCUUCAGGGCCCACUUCUUCUCAGAUAAGGACGAGUGUGCCAAGGACAACGGCGGGUGUCAGCAUGAGUGCGUCAACACCUUCGGGAGCUACCUGUGCAGGUGCAGAAAUGGCUACCGGCUCCACGAGAAUGGGCAUGACUGCAAAGAGGCUGGCUGUGCACACAAGAUCAGCAGUGCAGAGGGGACCCUGGCGAGCCCCAACUGGCCUGACAAAUACCCCAGCCGGAGGGAGUGCACCUGGAACAUCUCUUCGACUGCAGGCCACAGAGUGAAACUCACCUUUAAUGAGUUUGAGAUCGAGCAGCACCAGGAAUGUGCGUAUGACCACCUGGAAAUGUACGACGGGCCGGACAGCCUGGCCCCCAUCCUGGGCCGUUUCUGUGGAAGCAAGAAACCAGACCCCAUGGUGGCUUCGGGCAGCAGUAUGUUUCUCAGGUUUUAUUCGGAUGCCUCAGUGCAGAGGAAAGGCUUCCAGGCAGUGCACAGCACAGAGUGCGGGGGCAGGCUGAAGGCUGAAGUGCAGACCAAAGAGCUCUAUUCCCAUGCCCAGUUUGGGGACAACAACUACCCGAGCCAGGCCCACUGCGACUGGCUGAUCGUGGCAGAGGACGGCUACGGCGUGGAGCUGACAUUCCGGACCUUUGAGGUUGAGGAGGAGGCCGACUGCGGCUACGACUACAUGGAAGCCUACGACGGCUACGACAGCUCAGCGCCCAGGCUCGGCCGCUUCUGUGGCUCUGGGCCAUUAGAAGAAAUCUACUCUGCAGGCGAUUCCCUGAUGAUUCGAUUCCACACAGAUGACACCAUCAACAAGAAAGGCUUUCAUGCCCGAUACACCAGCACCAAGUUCCAGGAUGCCCUGCACAUGAAGAAAUAGUGCUAAUGUUCUUGAAAGACAGAAACUGAGAAUGUUUUGUUUUGUUUUUUGUUUGUAACAACAAUAGCACCUUGAAAAUCUGCCCUAAAACAGUGUACAGUAUUUUUCUCAAACAAAAACUCAGAAUCCAGCCUUAGAGGUAUAUAUUUGAAUGA